AUGUGGCCUUUCUGCAACCAUGCUCUCUUCUCACCCCCCACUGAGGCCUGGCUCCAGAGAGCUUCCUCCGACCCCGAGGCCCAAGGCUGGGGGGCCUGGAGCUGGACCGAGAAGACCCCUCUGGAGCCAGAGUGUGGGGACAAAAAGGAAGAGGAGGAGACUGGGAAAGCGGGGGACAACGAGGAAGAUGCAGGCUCCCCUCUGUUUCUACUGGAGAGGGAGGACCUGGCCGAGCAUUCAGUGCCUGACCAAGAGCUGGAGGCCAUCAAACUGAAGCUGUGGGCCAUGGAGCAGGCCCAGGGGCUAGAGCUGCCCAGGGCGCAGGGCCAGGCGGAAAAAGAGGAGGCGGCUAGGUCUGUGCUGGCCGAGCAGGUGCUGAAUCCCAAGACUACAGGCUGCCCCUGCUCUGGGAUCCCCAUGGAGAAGGUGGAAAUGGACCGCAGAUCCGUCUAUGUGGGCAACGUGGACUACGGGGUCACUGCUGAGGAGCUGGAGGCCUACUUCAACAUCUGUGGGGAUGUCCAGCGGGUCACCAUCCUGCGUGACAAGUUCUCUGGACACCCCAAAGGCUAUGCCUACAUAGAGUUUGCUACUGAGAGCUCAGCCCAGGCUGCUGUGGAGCUGGACGAGAGCAUCUUCCGAGGCCGGGUCAUCAAGGUGCUGCCCAAAAGGACCAACUUACCAGGGAUCACCUUCACAGUCCCAGGGGCCCUGCAGGGACACCCAGGUGCCAAGGGGGCACCCUUCUCCCACAGCAGGAGCCUCCAGGGCGGGGCCCACAUCAUACCACGAGGGUGGAACAGGGGCCGUGGAAGAGUCUCCCUAUGGUAUUCACCAUACUGCAGGAGGAACCUGAUUUUGAGAGUGGGGCUGGCUACAGAAAUGAGGCCCUAUGCAACACCCUACCUGUUCAGCCACGGGGGGGCGCCGCAAGAGCAGCCCGUGGAGCAGAGAGGCUGGCCCACAAGUCCCUCUGAAGCCUCCUCGCUGGCUGCUCCAGGGCUCCAAGCUCUGUGGGCUCCUGCCACCCAGCUCCCACUGCCCCUUCAUGCCUGUGCGGACAACAGCUCCCUGCUGUCUGGUCCCUGA